GCAUGAUUCAAGCUUGGCUCUCCUCUCCUGCCAAAUCCUUUCACAAUUUUACAUAGAGGAAAAAAAAAAAUCAAAACCUAAUCAGGAAAAUCAGUCACAUUCACUUUUUCUUUUUCUUAUUUCCCUCUCGUCUAGUCAGUAGACUUCCGUAGUUGCUGUACAAGUAUUUGUAUUUCUUCAUCCAUUAUGACGACCCAGUAACAGAAAUUUCGUUCUCUUCGUUCACAUAUAUUCUAUUUAUAGCGUAGAGGGCUUUCAUCUUUUUAGUUCUGUGAACACUCGCUCUGCUUGCUCCGAAGAUGGGCGGUAAGGGCAUCAGUCUCGAAGAGAUCAAAAACGAGACAGUUGAUCUGGAAAGGAUACCCAUAGAGGAAGUCUUUGAGCAGCUGAAAUGUUCAAGGGAAGGACUAAGCGAAGAGGAAGGAAGAAAUCGGCUGAACGUUUUUGGUCCCAACAAACUGGAGGAGAAAAAGGAGAGCAAAAUCCUAAAGUUUUUGGGCUUUAUGUGGAACCCAUUGUCAUGGGUCAUGGAAGCUGCUGCUGUAAUGGCUAUUGCUUUGGCUAAUGGUGGUGGAAAGCCUCCGGAUUGGCAGGACUUUGUUGGUAUCAUUGUCUUAUUGGUGAUCAACUCCACAAUCAGUUUUAUUGAAGAAAAUAAUGCUGGUAAUGCGGCAGCUGCCCUCAUGGCUAAUCUUGCUCCCAAGACUAAGGUUCUCAGAGAUGGCCGAUGGAGUGAGCAGGAGGCUGCGGUAUUGGUUCCAGGAGAUAUCAUUAGCAUCAAACUUGGAGAUAUUGUCCCUGCUGAUGCUCGACUUCUUGAGGGUGAUGCUUUGAAGAUUGAUCAAUCUGCUCUCACAGGAGAAUCUCUUCCUGUCACCAAGAAUCCGUAUGAUGAAGUAUUCUCUGGUUCAACAUGUAAACAAGGUGAGAUAGAGGCAGUUGUUAUUGCCACAGGUGUGCACACCUUUUUCGGUAAAGCUGCACAUCUUGUGGACAGUACCAAUCAGGUCGGACAUUUCCAGAAGGUUCUCACUGCCAUUGGGAAUUUUUGCAUCUGCUCAAUUGCUAUUGGUAUAAUAAUUGAAAUCAUAGUCAUGUACCCCAUACAGAGUCGCAAAUAUAGGCAAGGAAUUGACAAUUUAUUGGUUCUCCUUAUCGGAGGAAUCCCAAUUGCUAUGCCAACUGUUCUGUCUGUCACCAUGGCUAUAGGUUCUCACAGGCUAUCUCAACAGGGUGCUAUCACCAAAAGAAUGACUGCCAUUGAAGAAAUGGCAGGCAUGGAUGUUCUAUGCAGUGACAAGACUGGUACCCUGACCCUUAAUAAGCUAAGUGUUGACAAAAAUCUGAUUGAACUGUUUGCAAAGGGUGUGGAGAAGGAACAUGUUAUCCUUCUUGCUGCUAGAGCUUCAAGGACUGAAAAUCAGGAUGCCAUUGAUGCUGCUAUUGUUGGGAUGCUUGCAGAUCCAAAAGAGGCAAGAGCUGGCAUCAGAGAAGUUCAUUUCUUUCCUUUCAACCCUGUUGACAAGAGGACUGCUCUCACUUAUAUUGAUUCAGAUGGCACAUGGCAUCGUGCUAGUAAAGGGGCACCUGAACAGAUCAUAACCCUAUGCAAUUGCAAGGAAGAUGUUAGGAAAAAGGUUCAUGCAGUGAUUGAUAAGUUUGCAGAACGUGGACUUCGAUCUUUGGCUGUGGCCAGACAGGAAGUUCCUGAGAGAACAAAAGAGAGUCCUGGGGCACCAUGGCAGUUUGUUGGUUUAUUGCCUCUUUUUGAUCCUCCUCGUCAUGAUAGUGCAGAAACCAUUAGAAGGGCUCUCAAUCUUGGUGUCAAUGUUAAAAUGAUCACCGGGGAUCAACUUGCUAUUGCCAAGGAAACUGGCAGGAGGCUUGGAAUGGGAACAAAUAUGUACCCUUCUUCAUCCCUCCUUGGGCAAGACAAGGAUGCUUCCAUUGCUGCCCUCCCUGUGGAUGAGCUAAUUGAGAAGGCUGAUGGAUUUGCUGGCGUGUUUCCAGAGCACAAAUACGAAAUUGUUAAGAAGCUGCAGGAGAGGAAACACAUUUGUGGCAUGACUGGAGAUGGUGUAAACGAUGCACCUGCUUUGAAGAAGGCAGAUAUUGGUAUUGCUGUUGCUGAUGCUACAGAUGCCGCAAGAAGUGCCUCUGACAUAGUUCUUACUGAACCUGGACUGAGUGUUAUCAUAAGUGCAGUGCUUACCAGCAGGGCCAUUUUCCAAAGGAUGAAGAACUACACUAUCUAUGCUGUUUCAAUUACCAUUCGUAUUGUGCUUGGCUUCAUGCUCAUUGCACUUAUUUGGAAGUUUGACUUUUCACCCUUCAUGGUUCUGAUUAUUGCAAUUCUUAAUGAUGGAACAAUCAUGACCAUUUCAAAGGAUCGUGUCAAGCCAUCUCCUCAACCAGACAGUUGGAAGUUGAAGGAGAUUUUUGCUACUGGUGUUGUGCUUGGAACUUAUUUAGCAAUCAUGACCGUAAUAUUCUUUUGGUUAAUGAAGAAAACUGACUUCUUUCCGGAUCGUUUUGGUGUAAGACCAAUUAAAACUAAAGACGAUGAAAUGAUGGCGGCUUUGUAUUUGCAAGUCAGUAUCAUUAGCCAGGCCCUCAUUUUUGUCACAAGAUCCCGUAGUUGGUCAUUUGUCGAACGCCCUGGACUUCUCUUAGUCACAGCAUUUGUUAUCGCUCAAUUGGUAGCAACAUUCAUAGCAGUAUAUGCCAACUGGGGCUUCGCACGGAUACAGGGCUGCGGCUGGGGCUGGGCUGGUGUUAUCUGGCUUUACAGUCUGGUAACAUUUUUUCCUCUUGAUAUAAUCAAAUUUGGAAUCCGCUACAUUCUGAGUGGCAAGGCAUGGAAUACUCUCUUGGAUAACAAGACUGCUUUCACCACCAAGAAAGACUAUGGAAAAGAAGAGAGAGAGGCACAAUGGGCAGCUGCUCAAAGAACUUUACAUGGCCUUCAACCGCCUGAAACAACCAACCUUUUCUCUGAUAAGAGUAGUUAUAGGGAGCUUUCUGAGAUUGCUGAGCAAGCCAAGCGACGUGCUGAGAUGGCAAGGCUAAGGGAGUUGAAUACUUUGAAGGGGCAUGUUGAAUCAGUUGUGAAGCUGAAGGGACUUGACAUAGAUACAAUUCAACAACAUUAUACAGUUUAAACGAGAGCUCUUAAGAGAUGUCUCAAAUGCCGUUAAAGCUCUGUUCUUAAUUUAUAAUGACGAAGAUGGCCUAAGCAAACCUCUCUUCUUUUUACUUUUUAAGUCUAGAUUAGUUGAUAUUUCCUCUAUGCCGAAAUUUGGGUUGAUGUAACUUUGAAUCUUCUCUCCUUGUCCUCUGGUUUAAGCAGGAAAGGAAUGAACCGAUUCUCUCUUUUAUAGCAUCAGUUGAAUGGUUGAAGUUUUUCUUCAA